AAAUGCCCUGCCUCUUUGACAAAGACAUAAUGUGUGGAGUUGGAUGGUUGAAGCUUUCCAUGGCAUAGAGCUACUCUGCCGGGCUGAGCACGACACCUCUGGGUCCUUCUGGCCGCCUGUGAAGGAAGGAGGAGGAGCCCCGGCGGGGUUGUGCCCGCCCUUCACUGAAUCAACCCGAGGAAGGAAACCGCGGCUGCUUUCUGCGGGUCGCAGCCGGCGCCGGCUUCUCAGGGCUCUCUCGCCGGCCUCAUGGCUCCUGCGCCGCGGGUCUCUGACUUGCGCCAGGCCGGGAACGAACAGUUCCGCAACGGGCAAUACGGGCAGGCGGCCGCGUUGUACGGCCGGGCGCUGGAGCUGCUGGAAACGACAGGAGGUGCAAGUGCAGAAGAGAAGAGUGUUCUUUAUUCCAACCGUGCUGCUUGUUACUUGAAGGAUGGGAACUGCAGUCUCUGCAUUAAGGAUUGUUCUGUUGCCUUGGAUUUGGUCCCGUUUGGAAUCAAACCCCUGCUGAGGCGGGCAGCAGCAUAUGAAGCCCUAGAGAGAUACCAGUUAGCCUAUGUGGACUACAAAACUGUAUUACAAGUUGAUUGCACUGUACAGGCUGCACAUGAUGGAGUCAACAGAAUGACCAAGGCCUUAUUGGAAAAAGAUGGUCUCCAGUGGCGCCAGAAACUGCCCCCCAUCCCAUCUGUUCCUGUUUCGGCUCAGAGAAGGUGGGAGCCUCCUCCUCCAGGAAGCCACGAAGCUACUACAAGAAAUAAAGCAAAUGACACUGUGCCUGUCACAAAGCAAGUGCCUACAGCUGCUACCACUGAACAAGCAAAUAAGCUGAAACUAGAAGGAAAUGAAUUCGUGAAAAAAGGCAAUUAUAAGAAAGCUAUCGAAAAGUACACUGAGAGCUUAAAACUUCACAAACUGGAAAGUACCACUUACACUAACAGAGCUCUGUGCUAUCUGAAUCUAAAGCACUACAAGGAAGCAAUUCAAGAUUGUUCGGAAGCCCUUAAAUUAGAUGCUAAAAAUGUCAAGGCAUUUUACAGACGAGCACAGGCAUAUAAAGAGCUCAAGGACUACAAAUCCAGUGUGGCAGACAUCAACACUCUCUUGAAAAUUGAACCAAAGAACACUGCUGCUCAGAAAUUACAGCAAGAAUUAAGCAAGCUCUUAAAAUAAGACUGGCUAAAGAACAACUUUGUGCUUUUCUGAAGAUGACACUUGUACCCUGUAAAAAUUGUCAUUCGGACCAGGCUGAAGGCAUGGCCUGCCAGGAAGUCUGCCUUCCAGACCUGCUGAUACCACUCUGGUUCCAUGCCAUAUUUUAAAAAAGGGUUUUCAAUCUUUUUAUCAGGCCUUCAGAAAGUUCGGCAUAACCUCUGAGGUUCUUAACUCCCUAGUACAGUUACCGGUUUUAGGAAUUGGAAAAAAAUCUCUGUAGCAGAUGGGGCAGACUAGUAUUUGUCAAAAUGUGGAAUUUCUGCAAUAUUUACAGAAAUAAGAAAGAACGUCACACCUAUAGUAGUGUCUGCUAAUACCCCUGGGUAACAACUACAGGGCAAACCAAAACCUUGGGUUAACAUUGUGGCAGAGAGAAGUGAGAGUCUUAAGAGUCACGUGUGCGUUGCCUUAACUUCUGUGCAUUUGGGCUACACUGCAGCAUCUGGUCCCCAAAGCAUUAUUUAGGAAUUUCAGAGUUGCUUUUUUUCCUAUUACCAAACAGCCUGGCAAGUCUUGGCUUUCUUUCUGUUUUGCAGUUAGAUUUUUCAUUAGUUAGCCUCGGCUUCCUUAAGGUGGCUAAAUGCCUGUUAAGUGUUUUGUACAUGCAAAUGCAUGCUAUUGGACAAGGCUAAUUUUAUUCCUCAUAUACAUGGCAGAAGAUUAAAUUUCCUGCUAUGUGAUAGGACAAAAAAAAAAGUAAAGCAGCAUGGAGCCUCUUCAUCACAAGUCAGGACCUGUAGCUUCUUUCAGUUCUCACAAACAGCGGCUGAGUCCUUAAACUUGGUGGUUUAUCAUUUCAGACUGCAGGUACAAGGAGUGUGCAGGCGGAACUGUAUCGUCUGUUUUGUGAGAACUAGGCUUUAAAUGAUAAGUGGUAACAGAGGAAGCAUAAACUGUUUAGACUACUGUCUUUCCUAUUUCACAGAGCUACACUGACAGUGAUAUAAACAUCUCCAGGUGAAUCCCAAUCCCCACUCUUUCCUUGGAGCUAGUUUAAGACUGGACUAAAGGAAGGCUUGUGUGGCCUUUUAAUGGAAGGGUAUGCACCAAGUUCUUCGUAGCACUAAUGUCUUGUAAGACACAAUGCAAAUGGCAGCUGCUUUGUUAUUGGCAGAACAUUUUGAGGGGGUGGAAAUGAUUUCCCCCCGUGAAUAUACUCUUGGUUUUGCUGUUUAAGACCUCACCUAUAAGGAAUUAAGCUGGAUUCUCGUACCUUAAAUUGGUCCACAUUCUGAGUGUUACUUUGAGCUUUUAAAUAAACAAGUUUGGUUGACUUUA